GCAAAGCCAGUCGCUCACGGCCGCUCGGACAGGCCGCACGCGCGUUGGAUCCUUAACAGACUGUCAUCGUAAUCCAGUCAAGUGUACAGUGUUGUGGAAAAACAAAUAUUCAGUGCUAAAACACUCCGUUCAUCCAAGGUGAAGCAGUGCAAAAAAGGAUCAUCUGUGUUUUUGUGGACGCCGUCACGCGCGUUGAGUCUUUUUUACAUCGGUUUGCAUUACAUAUAAUAGAUUUUAUUGCGCAACCAUUUUCAAUAUUAAUCUCUUUCUAAAAUUGUGUAACGCUAAUUGACUGAGUGAAGUGACUUAGAAACGCUAUAGAAAAUUGCCGUUGCGUUUUGAAGUGAUAAAAUUGAAAUCAUUUACGAAUAAGUAACUGAAGUGCUUAAGUGAACGAAACGUGAUAAAAAACCUCUAGAAUCUAAUUUAAGUCACGAUGAAAAAUAGCCAACCGAAUUGAGAAGACUUGAUAAGUCUUGGAGAAUAAAGACGAAGAAGGGUCAUCCAAAGUGGCGAAGUCAGAGUCAAAGUUGGUGUUAGUGGAGGGGGAUGAUGGAUGUUGCUGUACUGGCAUGAGGAUCGGAGAAUUGGGAGGGGUUCUGCUUGAAGCUGCCAAGCUGACGAGGUCUUGGUUCUGCCAGAAGCCAGGCUACGGCUUCUCGCAGAAGGUAGACGAGGAGGAGUCCGGUGGCGGCGGCGCCCUGCACCCGCCAGACGGGUUCUACUCGCACCAGCACCACCAUGCGCACCACUCAGAGCCCGACCGCGGGUACAUGGAGGGCAACCGCUACGUCACCGCUGUACAUCGCCCGAUGCCUGCAUUAAAUCAUUCAAACUCGUCAUGCUCCUCCGCCUCCAACGCUUCGACGGCGGGCCUCUGUCCCUCCCAGGACCAGGGACAGCAGAUGUACAUUGCCGCGCCGCCAGAGGGAUUUGGCCACGCUGUCAAUACGCACAGGCGUGGAACGGACGUAUCCAUCGUGGGUGUACCCGCAAGCUUUACACAAAAAGAUACGUCAUUACCCACAAAACGGGGUAAAUUGACUCGAGGCCGCUAUGAAAUGUCCCAAGAUCUUCUUGACAAGCAAGUGGAGAUCUUGGAAAGGAGGUACGGAGGUCUGAGGGCGAGGAGGGCGGCAGUCACCAUCCAGAGGGCAUUCAGGAGGAGACAACUGUUAAAGAAGUUCAGCGCCAUCACAGCGAUGGCCAAAGCAGCUGACUCUACCGCGAGAGAUAGAAGGCUGCAGGAUGAUCACGGACAGCUAGUCAAUGGUGGUAAUGACAUUUACGCGAACACACUGCACCAGAAGAGUCCCGGCGGGGUGGAGAAGUCUCUCGCCAUGACACGACCCAUGCGAUCUAUGUCGCUACGGGAGCGACACGAUAUUGAAAUAAGUAACCACAUGGGCUGCGAAGUCCAGGACGUAGACGCGAUGGUAGCGCGAGUCCAGCAGUCGGCGCACCAGAUCCAUAUGAUAGCUCAGGACAUGCCGCCGCUGCAUCGGGGAGACGCUGACAGUGGGGUGAGUUUGGUAUGCAGUUGCAGUGUCAGCGGGUCUGUCACCAACAUAUCGACUUCGUCGUCGCACAAUGAAUCUCUGCACAAUCAUCAGAUGUUGAAUAAUUCAGGCCCAAUCUACGGGAAUCUUCUAUCAACCGGUGGCAAGCCGCUAUCCUCGCCAACGGCUCGUCAGCAACAACUGGCCAUCCAGGCAGCCAACGCCAGACGCCUGCCACCUGAAGUGCCCAAGAGAACCAGCAGCAUCACUCUUAAUGCGGAAAGCCCAGUAUCGCUCCGUCGGGCAGAAUGCGGCGCAGUGGUCCGAGGGGGAUCCAUGUCGUCAGUGCAGUCGUCGUCUUCAUCAUCGUCGCAGGAACAUCGCCAUCAUUACCAUCAGCCAUACCAGCCCAGAGCGCCGGAACCUCACGUGCACAUCCAAGAACAGCACUUCCAGCAGCACCAGCGCACGGCGUCGGGUACGUUGUUCGAAGGCGGGGACAGGUACGCGGUGUGGAAGCGGCAGGAGGCGCCGCCGUAUUACGAGGCGCCGCCGCCGCCCGCCGCCUGCUGCCGACCCCAACACCCACACCACGCCGCUCAACCACAGCUCAAGGUGUCAGAAACUGUCCGCAAACGCCAAUAUCGCGUGGGACUCAACCUGUUUAACAAGAAGCCGGAGCGCGGCAUAGCGUACCUGAUAUCCCGGGGGUUCCUGGAGAACUCCCCGCGAGGAGUCGCCAGGUUCCUGAUCACCAGGAAGGGUCUUAGCAAGCAGAUGAUCGGCGAGUACCUCGGCAACCUGCAGAAUCAGUUCAAUAUGGCUGUUUUGGAAUGCUUCGUAACGGAGCUGGACCUAUCUGGCAUGGCAGUAGACGUGGCGCUACGUCGCUACCAGGCACACUUCAGGCUGCCCGGCGAGGCGCAGAAGAUAGAGCGGCUCGUGGAGGCGUUCGCGCGCCGCUACUGUGUCUGCAACCCUGACCUGGUGCAGCGCCUCAGGACACAAGAUACGAUAUUCGUGCUGGCGUUUGCAAUAAUAAUGCUGAACACUGACCUUCAUACUCCGAAUCUGAAGCCCGAAGCGCGGAUGUCCUUGGAGGACUUUAUAAAGAACCUGCGAGGCAUAGACGACUGCCACGACCUCGACAGAGAUAUGCUGACUGGGAUAUACGACCGUGUCAAAACCAGCGAGUUCAGACCCGGCAGUGACCACGUUACGCAGGUAAUGAAGGUCCAAGCCACAAUAGUGGGCAAGAAGCCGCACCUGGCGCUCCCGCAUCGCCGCCUCGUGUGCUACUGCCGUCUGUACGAGAUACCAGACAUACACAAGAAGGAACGCCCCGGCGUACACCAGAGAGAGGUAUUCCUGUUCAACGACCUCCUGGUGAUCACGAAGAUCUUUAGCAAGAAGAAGUCAUCAGUAACGUACACAUUCAGGCAGUCGUUCCCACUAUGCGGCAUGCUGGUCAACCUCUUCUCAGUGCCACACUACCCAUUCGGCAUCCGUCUCUCCCGCCGGGUCGACGGCCGCCGCCUGGCGACAUUCAACGCGCGCAACGAGCACGACCGUUGCAAGUUCGCCGAGGACCUUCGCGAGAGCAUCGCCGAGAUGGACGAGAUGGAAGCCAUGAGGAUUGAAGGCGAACUCAGUCGCGGAAAGGGCCGGUCUACUGGCGGGAAUAAUAGAAAUGUGAUGGAGAACCGAGACAGCGGAGUCGCCGACGUCGAUGUGGAUCACCAACAGUGCAUAGAUCAUAUGCACGUGCAUGGCGUGGUGGUCCCGCCGCCGCCCAGCUGCCCGGCGCCAGCGGCCCCAGCGCGGCUGACCUCCAACCCACCUCCCACCAGCAUCAUCAAGCGGAAUGUACUCAGCAACUCACUCGUCGAUAUUAAUGAUCCCGUGCAACUAGCGGCCGAGCGUCUCCAGCGAAGGGGUUCCGUCGGCAGUCUGGAUAGUGGCAUGUCGGUAUCCUUCCAGCAAGGCAGCCGCAACGCCCUGCAUGCCACGUCGCCUCGACACCCCGGGGAACAACGGUCACCAGGUCGUCUCUUCGGUGGCAUCGGCGGCAUAUUCCCUGGUCGGCAGCGCAAACUAAGCGCUUCAGGCGUUCCGGACAAGCAAGGACAACUCGGAAAGAGCACUGAAGUCUAAAGCGGUAACAACUUCGACCAAUACCGGAAUUUAAUACGAUUCAUUCGGAUAAAUUCGAUUUCUUGAACCGAAUAUUUCGGAUAAAUCCGAUUUCUUGAACCGAAUAAUUCGGAAUCCAAAAAAUUGAUUUAGGAUUCUACGAAUGAUUGGUCCCCGAACGCAGAAGCGUUCUUAUAUCGAGAGAUUUAGGCUAAAAUUUCGCUUUAUAGAUUUCGUGAAUGUUUUAAAGUCGCAUUUUACUGUGAGACACGUCUCAUUUCUGUGCCAUCUUUUUUUCGAAUCUUUGAAAGUAAUUCAACUUGAUAUUAUUAAGGUAAAUACAGUAAUCAGUAUGGAACAUGCUUUUAUGAAACAUUCAAAUAUAGAUAGUUAGCAAAGUUACUAAAAUGUAAAAUUAAUUUUGUUUGGACUCUCAGUACUUGAAUGUUCUAUAACAGUAGAAAAUAUAACACAAUCAGUAUAAUAAACGAUAUUUCUGAAGUGUACUAAGUUUGCCAAAUGUACAUCACAAGGAUUAGAUAUUGUAAUUUAUCGGUAUUUUAUAAUACAUUUGGGUUAUUUAACAUUUAAGGUCGAGGCAAAUAAUUGGUGACAUUGGUUUUACUUUUCAUAAAUGAAUGUGUUGAACAGGACAGUGGCUAGGUUUUAGAGAUUUUUAUGUCAUUUCGGUGGUCCAGUAUUUGCAAACUUUGCAAAAUAUUGGCUACAAAAAACUACUUUGCAAAGUAUUGGGUACUAAAGACAAUUCUGUUCAAGUGAUAAAACGGUAUUCAAGUGCACAAUUGAUCUUGCUUUAAUAUAAUUAAUAAAUAUGCGCCACCGAAAAGACGUAAAAUCUUGAAAAAAAAAAACAAAAUUUUGGUAUUUUUAUGUCUCAAAUAUAUGACCGUUGGUUGUUUAAAUCUUUCUCAAUACUAGCAAAAGUCCUGUUAAACACAGUCUCAGGGAUACCGGUGUAAUAUUUAAUUAAGGGCAGGGUUUGGACUUCUAAUACUUUAGUGCCAAUACGUAGCAUAUUUGGCCGUUCUUAUUGUAAACAUUUGAUUUCUAAAUGCAUUUUAAAACUGACCGCAACUUAUAAUUAUUACAUAAAAUCAUCAAUUAUGAUGUUAACUGAAUUCUUGGAGCUUUCAUUUAGUGAAUAAGCAGAUGUAGCGCCUUUUCGCCGAACAAUUAUACCUACGCAAUUUUUAAUUACCCAAAUGUUUCGGUUUUUGACAAGUGAACUAGUUGGGAAAUGAUAUUAUGCCAAUAAUUGAUUGCGGAGUGAAAACUUGACAAAAAAAUUCUGCGAUAAGCUAUAGAACCGAAAAGGCAUUUGCUAGGUAAGCGUGUCUUUUGUGAUUUUUUUUUAGUAAGUUGCGGUCAAAAUCAAUUUGAACUCGAAUUUUCGUAUAUUCAUAAGAAGUUUCUCGAAAACACAGGAUUAGACAAUACGGUACAACAUUGCAACGACACGGAGAAGAGAAAAAUAUUUUUAUAUUUUUCAAAAAAUCUCUUUUUAUAUUAAAAUCAUGGGGUGUAUGUGAAUCGAAAAUGGAAUUUGGGUCCAUAUUUUGGGAUUAGUCGAAUGAUGUUAAAAGGAUUUUGAACUGUGUAAGCUAAUAGUUGUAAAAGGUUGGUCUGCGCCUUGGCAACUUUGCAGGGCAGACCGAAGUAAGGUCAGAGUUUUACGGGUUUUCAAAGCAGUAAUUUAAUCACCAUUUUGAAAAAAAAAAGUAAUUUCAUGCACGUUACCAUCGAGAAGUAUUAAAUUAAUGUUAUUUUAGAAAGAUUUUUAUCUUAACAAUUUUAUGGCACUUUAUUCAAUUGGAGAUUAUUUAUUAUAUUAUUAGAUAAUAAACAAGUAAUAAGUGAAGAUGUUUCUCUAUGACAGGAACCGCAUUUUCAUAAUAGUUGCAUAUACUCCCAAAUGAGGGGGGAGGUCACAAGUCCGACAAUUUGCAUUGACUUGUGGUUUCAAGGAUUUGUGUCCGGUUAAUGGCAAUAGGCUCGCACCCUAUUACAUGGGAUUUAAUCAUAGCUGGCAAGGAAUGAGUGUAUACACUUCUGCAUACCUCUACACCUUGCUGAUGUAACCUUAUAAUAUGACAUAACUUAAUAGCUCAUAUACGUACCACUGCUGCGCACAGGCCUCCCCUCAAUCAACUGGAUCGGGUAUGGAGCAUACUCCACCACGCUGCUUAAGUGCGGUCAACUCUUUUGUUAUAAAUUUACAAUUAUCAUAUUAUGCAUUUAUUUGCAUUUCGUCUCCAAGUGAAUAAAAUGCUCAAAUUCAUCUUUUUUUUUAGAAUAAUUGUAAAUACGUUGGGAAAUAUAGGGCGCAACGCAAUAGAGAAGAGUAGAUACUACUUAUCACAAAAAAAAAAAAAAAAUAUUCUGAAGCACAAAAAGCAAUACAUAAUAAUUACUACAUCACAGUUAAAAUUAAUAUUUAUUCAUUAAAAAUUUAAAUAAAAAAAUAUUUGAAGAAUAAAAAGUACGAAUUUAUUCAAGAUAUUGUUGAAAGUUUAUUAGCGGUAGUGUAAUCUUUUGGAGUAGGAUAAGUUACCUUCACUUUACGUGAUUAUGAUCUAUUUUCCCUUCAAAGACUCGAGCUUUUUUCCUUUUACACAAGGUGUUAGUGAUACCGCAACGAAAACUUUGGGGGAUGAUUCAGACCAUGAUUCUGAGUUGAUAUCAAGUGGAAUUUUCCAUCGCAAACGUAAAGAAUUGAAAAUUAUUUAAAAAACACAAAAAGUCGUGAAUUUUGCGACGGAUAAUUCCACUUGAUGUUAACUCAGAAUCAUGGUCCGAUUUAUCCCCCUCAGUGUUCGUUACGAUGUCACUAACAGCCUGGAUAUCUCUGAAAGUACGACUAAUUUUUUUUUUCAGACGUUACUUAGAUAUUAUUGUCUAAGGCGUAUGGCUGUAGAAUAUAAAAAAAAUAAUACUACAUAUAGAUUGGAUACUUUGUCCCGUAUUGAUAUGAGCUUCGAACGAGCUCGAUUUACACCUUUUAACAAAAGUUGAAGUGGCUUUUAGAGAAUCACAUAUCACAUUCAAGAAACCAUCGUAGUUUUGAAAGGAUUAGCAGUGUGAUUUUAAAUGAUUUUUAAUCAUAUUUUCAGAGAUAUAAAAAAACCUUAAGCUAAGUUUUCGAAAGAGCUGUCUGUAAAAGUUACAUUAAAAAAGUCUCGACAGACAGACGUCAGUGAACCUAUAAGGGUUCCGUUUCUCCUUUUGAGGUCCGGAACCCUAAAAACAGCCGAAAAAUUACAUGUCAGUUGUUUUGAAAACUCGGUUUUGGUUGCUUUUAGGCUCAAGUAUUCAACUUGUUUUAAACUGUGAUUGCAAUUUCUUUACCGUUAUAAAUAUAGUAGUACUACUGACUUACACCCUCUGUGGUGUAAUGGUUGUACUCCGUACUAUUAUAGCUGGGUUAGUUUGAAAGUGCACUUCGAAAAUAUUUGAAAAUUCUGUCCUAUUUACAAAUUAAUCCAGCUAUAUUUAACGGAGAUACUUGACGAACGAACAACUGUAUUCCAAGUACAGUUUAAAACUAGUUAAAUGUUCAAGUCUUGCUUUAAACUAUAUUCGAAUGUCCAAAACUAGACUAAGUUCCGAAUACUUCCCAACUAAGUCCUAUCAACCCGAACGCUGCUUGGUCUAAGUAUCGACUUGACUUACCUAAGUAAUGUUACCUGUACCCCUUGGAUUUACCUUUACUUAUACCUAGUUAUAAGUACCUUUAAAUUAUAAAUGACUAUAUGGCCGGUCUAGAGAAAAAGAAUAAAUACUAAUACUUUCGGAAAAUGCUUAUAGGGAAAAUAAACUUUCACAUAAUGUAAGAAAACGCUGCGUUUAUUUUUAGAACUGCCUUUUGGUUGUAUAAAACGUGUCAUCGGUUUGUAAAAGCUGUUGUAUUAUGUAAUGUAACGAGUGUGUUUUUAUUAUUAUUAAACUCUUUAUUGUACACAUGAAUACAUAAAUGAUGUCAAAAAAAUAGGUACAAAAGGUGGAUUUAUCUCUAAAAGAGAUCUCUUCCAGUCAACCCAACUUUAUUAUUGAGCAUUAAAAUUUUAAUUUUGAAUAAAUAUUUGAAUUCGAAAAUGUAAUUUACUAAAAUAAUUUAAUUUUAUCCGUGUCCUUAGAUGUCAACCAAAAAUUUUUGUUAUUUUAAUCUGACAGCUAUAAAAAUAGUGCCGUCCUUCUCUUACAACGAGUGCAAGACAGAGAUAAAGUUAGUUUUAGAACUGUCAAACUAAAUUAAAUUGUAAACACCAACUAAAUUUUGCAGGGAACACCACUAUGAAAGCAAGUGACACGUUAGACACUACAGCCAUGUCUGUUCUAUAAAUAAACACAGUUGUUUCAAUCAUUUUUCUAUCUUCAUGACUUUUUUUAAUUUUUAAAGGCCGGCCAAGUAUCUAAAUGUUGACUAAUCUAAUGUAGCUAAUGUUGACUUUAUACCAGUUACGUAGGGUCGUUGUUUCUACUAUUUGAUACGUGGGUAGAUAGACAAAAUGAUUGUUGAAUUCUAAGGAGUGUUUCCGAAUCGGUUGGGGAGCCCCGUUUUGACCGUUUAUAAUUCCUGGUGUAACUUCUAAAUUUGAAUUAUUAUAUUCUUUUAAAACCAAUUCAAAAGCAAAGCAAAUUAAAGUACCCGAUGUUUCCGCAAUAUGCAAUAUUUAACGGAUUUUUUAUUUUUUAUAGCACUUAAAGAAACUCACAAAGAGAAAAUUGAAUCGAAAAAUUCCGACCUUAUAUUUUUCGGUUUAUUUUUCGAUUUAUUUUUCGGUUUAUAACAACGUGGCCCCCUAAAACUAUGAUUUCAGUGAACAUGACUUCACUACUAGUAUAUCUUGUAUAACGAAAAGAACCUAUUGCCAAAAUCUGUCCAUUAAAAAAACCUUUGAAUCUCCAUGAAAUAGCUUGACUGACUUAAUAGUAAAUUAUGUUUUUUUAAACGCGUACGCUGCCACAUUGAAGCAAUUCAUCUGAAAGGAAUAUUUCUAUUUGACGUUGCGCACUUAAUAUGCGCGAAUGUCAAAUUGCGAUAUUUCUUUUGAAUAAUUGCUUCAAUAUGGUGUUCGAUUAAUUAAAGUAACAUCCAAAAUAAUAAGUUUAUUUUCAUUGAUCCGGAACUAGUAAUGAGUAAAUAGUUUUUGUUAUGUGCAGUUUUCACUAACACAGUUGGCUCGACCGUUAUAGACGGCGAUACGGCUCACCUAUCACGUUGGUCUAACAGAAAGCUCGGUAAUAUGUGGGCGCUUAGUUCGUAUCGCGAUGGAUAUAUCUCUGGUCCAUUGGGAUAAUGCCAAGAGCUUAUAUGUAUUUAUAUUUUACAAUGAUGAUUAUUAAGUUGGUCAAUCUAUAAUAAAAACUAUUGGAUAAGAGUUUGAUUUUCAUAAUAAGUCUAAAUUCAAAUUAAAACCUUUUGUAAUGUCUGUGUUAGUUGUAAACAAGUGUAAUGCAUGACAAAAAGAAAGGAAUUGAUUAAACUGUUCGUCGUUGGAUUUAACUUUAAGACGUCAUUCUCAUACAUUUCGGGAUUGUAUUGUCUCUGCUCACCCCGGUGGGAGAUGGGCGUGAGUGUAUGUAUGUCAGCAUGAAAGUUUUCAGAGCUUUCUGAUAUCACUGGGUAAUGUACGAUGCUUUAUAAUAUUUUGCAUACAAUCAAAGAAACAUCCAGCCAACAAUCAAACAUCUGAAGGUCCGGGUGCGUUUCGAUGGGGACAUAGUCUGAAUCACUUUGUGAGACUGUCCUUUGUUUGGUAAGGACAUUGCAAGCUUGAAUCACCUGAUUGAUUUCGUGCUUCGGAGGGUCGUAAAAUACCUCCAUCAAACCGCAGUGGAGCAGCAGUGGUGGAGUAUGCUCCGUACCGUCUCCGUAUAAUUGAGGGGAGGCCUGUGCCCAGCAGUGGGGCGUAUAUAGGCUGUUUAUGUUAUGUUAUUCAUACAAUCAUGCCGGGUCCUUUCCAUACAUUUCAGAUUUAGUACUAAUACUCGGCACUUGCCCUUUUUGUGGUAUGGGUAGAUACCGUAGUAUAUUAUUACUAUAUUUCGUUACGGAGUAACUAGAUGUCGCUAGCUGUAUAAGCUGAUAUAUGAAAAAGGCGCCAUCUAGCGACGGCGUUUAGUAUCAUUAUGAACACAUAAUCGCUAGUACAAAUAAUCGCUACCGGCGUUGCAUUUGAGUGCGUUUUAGCAGCAAUUUUUUUAGUAUGACGAGAGACCUGUUUUACGUAGUGUUUUAUAUAUUAGUUACUCGGGCGACCACAUUGCCACUACCCGGGUAUUUGUAAAGGGAACCACGUGAUAUCAGUUAUCUAUGAUCCAAAUGUGAAUUCAAACUGAUAAAGUCGAAUUUAGUGGUUUAGAGCCCAAACCGGGAUUCUGUCACUUGUUUAAAAAAAAUUCACGCAUUAAAAAAAACAUCGCUUGUAUGCAAAAUAUUAAAAGUAUGUCAACAGUGAUGCCACCCUAAAAUCAUGUAUCAUUAAAAAAAAAAACAUCUACUUAAUAUUUCAUUUAAUCCCAAACCUGUUAGUUUUAAAAAAUCUUAAUGUAUUUUCCAAUACGUAUUUCAAGCGAUUUGCGUGUUUGUUCCAUUAUGUAUACGGUUUAUUUUCAAUUAUUUUUUGUUAUGUUGUGAUUCUGGCGAGUUAGCCUCAUAGUAGAUACGUUUUGAACAUAACUACUUACUUUUACCUCCGAGUUCUUUUUACUAAGAUUUUUGAAAAAUCGAACGCAUUUUUUUAUUUUUAAUGAAUAAUCAGAAUUGUUUUAAGCUUUACUUAACUACAUAACUUACUUCCAGGACUAAAAAAAUACAUUUUUUGUAAUGAUAUUUUAAAAUAGUAUCUACUAUGAAGAAGCUGCCAUUAUUAACCGACUUCAAAAAGAAGGAGGUUCUAUGUUCGACGGUAGCUUUUUUGUAAAAAUGCUUGUAAGUUUCGCUUGAAACCAAAGAUGUAUAUUUUUUGUGUUCGCUCUACGAAAACCAUUUUUUUGUUGAUUUUUUUAGAUCUUUUUGCCUCUAAAAUGUAAGGUACCAUAGGCAAUGUAAAGUUUAGAGGCGUCAUUGUAAUUUUUUAGUUUUAAGCUUACCCUAGUUAUGGGUUUAUUUUUUUUUCUGUAACAUACCCCUGCUAACUUAUAUACUUAAUAUGUAUAUUGAAGAGUACAUUCUAAUAUAUAUCCAAUAGUUUGUAAUUGUUAUAUAAAAGUAGUGGAUAAGCAAUAAAUGGUGUGUGCGUCACCUUAAUACAGGGUUGCUUACUGAAAAAAUCCCAAAAAAAAUUUUUUAUGAAAAAAUAUCAAAAAUUUUUUUUGGGAUAUCAUUUUUAAAAGCACCCUGUAUGUUGUAUAAUAACGUUGUUGAGAGUUGCUACAACUAAGUCACUUAUAAUAGUUUUAUUUUAAAAAACAAUGAAAAUGUAUUUAUUUAUUAAAUAUGAAUUAACUUUCAUGAGGAUU